UCGAGUCGAGGAUUCGCGCGCGACGUGGUCGAUUGUCAACGACCCGCCUGUAACCGUACAACAUCCGAGCCGAAACCCAACAUCCCGGACAGGCGGACGCGAACUCAAACCCUAGAAACGGUGGCCAUGGAUUCGGGGGGCGGAGGAGGGAGCGGCGCGCACAAGGCAGCCUCGGGCUCCGCGCCCUCGCCUGCUCCGCCGGCGCCAAACCCCACGGCGAUGCUCUCGGCUCUCAUGAGCAAGCGCGCCAAGCUCCAGGAGGAGCUCCGCUCCAUCGAGCGCCAGGUUUAUGAUAUGGAGACCACCUACCUACAAGAGUCUAAUCAAUUUGGAAGUGUGCUGAAGGGUUUCGAAUCUUUUUUGUCAUCCUCAAAAAACAGCUCUAACCUUAAGCGCUCUCGGAAAUUUCAGGCAGACGAGAGGUUAUUCUCUCUAUCAUCAGUUACUUCUCCAGCGGUUGAUGAACAAGGACGAGAUGAUGGAAGAGAGUAUGGAGCAGGUCGUUCAAAGGGUGGGAGCACCCCUGCAAAUGGGCAAGGCAAACCGAAGAAGGGAGGGCGCCCUGGUGGGCGAGAUGGCAAGAGACUACGGCCGUCGAAUGAUCCAGACCUGGACGACGAAGAUGACUACUAACUCCUCCAUGUUGUAGGGUUACUUUAGCGGAUUAACUUCAAUUUAGCCUAUAGCCGCACAUGAUUCUUUAUGUAUUGCCUCCCUUCUCUUGCAGCUCCAACUCGUUUGUUUUACUUGCUUGCAUCUUGGUUUCCUCCUCCACCUCUUCAGAUUUGUAACAUAGGUCGAUGAAAGUUAACCAGAUUGUUAAAAUUUUAUGCAAACUUUGCUCUCAGACAGUAGUUUUCCCCCCCUGAA